AUGCCCCAGCCCCAUCCUCCCCUCACUCGCGCCGAAGUCGCCAAGCACAACAAGCCCGACGACUGCUGGUGCAUUAUUGACCAUCGCGUCUAUGAUCUGACUGACUUCCUCGACGCACACCCCGGUGGCAGUGUCGUGCUGGCCCAGGUCGCCGGCAAGGACGCCACGGCCGAAUUCUACAACCUGCACCGGCAGGAGGUCCUCGAGAGGUACAAGGACAGCCUCUGCAUUGGCGUGCUGGAAGGCGAGACACCCGAAGUGAUCGAGCAGAAACCCGGCGAUCUGAGCCCCGUCCCGUACGCAGAGCCCCUGUGGCUGCGCCCGCAGUUUUCGAGCCCGUACUACAAGGACAGCCAUCGCCGGCUGCAGCGCGCGAUCCGCGAGUUUACUGACAAAUACGUCACGCCAGAGGCGCAGCAGAAGGAGAAGGAUGGCACCUACAUCAGCCAGGAGCUGAUCGAUCGAAUGGCGGAGACUAACAUUCUGGCCAUGCGCCUGGGGCCCGGUGAGCACCUGCACAACCGGACGUUGCUGGGCGGGGUGGUCGACGGCAAGGAAUUCGACUAUUUCCACGACAUGAUUGUGGCGCAGGAGCUGGUCCGGGCUAAUGCGAGGGGCUUCCAAGACGGAAACAUGGCGGGCAUGGCUAUCAGCCUGACGGCAGUGAAGCAGUGGUUGAAAAACAAGCCAUUGCGGGAUCGAGUGAUGGACGAAGUCUUGUCCGGCAAGAAGAAGAUGUGUCUCGCGAUCACGGAGGCGUUUGCAGGCAGCGACGUGGCCGGUCUCCGCACGACGGCGGAGAAGACGCCGGACGGCAAGUACUACAUCGUCAACGGGACCAAGAAAUGGAUCACCAACGGCAUGUUCGCGGAUUACUUCGUGACCGGGUGUCGAACGCGCAUGGGAUUCUCGGUGCUGCUGAUCCCGCGCGGCGAAGGCGUCGAGACGACGCCGAUCAAGACGUCGUACUCGACCGCGGCAGCGACGGCCUUUGUGCAGUUUGACAACGUCAAGGUGCCGGUCGAGAACCUGCUAGGCGAGGAGGACAAGGGCUUCAUCGUCAUCAUGAGCAAUUUCAACCACGAGCGGUUCAUGAUGGUGUGCGCGGUGGUGCGCAUGUGCAUGACGGUGGUGGAGGAGUGUCUGAAAUGGUGCAACCAGCGGAUCGUAUUCGGGAAGAAGCUGAUCGAGCAGCCUGCCAUUCGACAGAAACUCGCCCGCAUGAUCUCCCUCUGCGAAUCCAACCAAGCCUGGCUCGAAUCCAUCACCCACCAGAUGUGCAACAUGACCUACGCCGAGCAAGCCAAACACCUGGGCGGGCCCAUCGGCCUGCUGAAAUUGCACGCCACGCGCUCCGCCGGCGAGAUCGCCGACCUGGCGACCAACAUCUUUGGCGGCCGCGGCCUGACGCAGACGGGCAUGGGCCGCGUGAUUGAGAUGUUCAACCGGACGUACAAGUUCGAUGCUAUCCUGGGCGGGACGGAGGAGAUUCUGGCCGAUCUGGGUAGCACCACCGAUCUACGUACGACAGACGCCGAUACCAAUGCCACAUAA